AGCCAAACAUUGUCAACGUUGCAUUUUGCAAUAGCCUAGUCACAGUGUUAUAGAGCCCGUUAGUUUUUCAUCCAAAAGAGCCUUCAAUAGUUCCAUCGCCUCUCCGCUCCCAUUCGACGCUAUAUCAGUAUUAGAAUUACACAGAAAGCACUUUUCGCCUUGUCAACUCAUCCCGUUUGAUCUGCCAUCUCCCCUGCCCUCUGCCCUAUCUGCCCCCUCCCCCUCCUCCUCCUCCUCUUCCCAUCUUGUCACCUUCUCAUUCACUUCACCUUCCAAGUUCGCAUCUGCCCCACUCCUUACAGCGCUUAUCUAUCUCAUUGCACUUCCUUUGUCGCAAUUACAACUCCCCGGUUGCCGGACCAUGGAUGCCCACCAGCCGACGGACCCUGGCGCGUCUCUUUGGUAUAUCGGUAAUCAUCUUCCAACUCCUGAUCUUACGAUAAGCGGCCAGACCCUAGAAGAUGAGACCGCUCAAGGUGUAAGUCGCUAUUAUGCCCCACACUCUUGUCGACAGACCGCCAAUAUUGACCGAUCAAACUAGUAUGAUAUGAUCACCACAUUCAUAACCAAUACCAAUUUCCGUUCUCGCAUUAACCAGGUAUUAUUGAACGCUACAGCAGAGAAGAGAACACACAUGAGAAUCGAUUCCCUCGAUGCUGAAGAGGUCACAGUUCAUCCUGGUGAUCACAUAUCACAAGUUAUUGGCUUUGUUUCCCCGUGGUUGGAAUUUGACUCGGAUGAUCUACUUGUCUCUCACGUUUCAAAACAGGCUUUACUCUACGAACUUGAUUAUGCCGGCUUUUGCGGUAUUGGAAAUGUGGUGAUUUCUGGGCCUCGCAAGAAGGAAAAUGUCCCGCGGUUCGCGCAGAUCAUCAGUACAGCACUAUCCGCCAACGGCUAUGCCCACUUACUGAUCCUUUUACCUCUGGCCGAGAAACCCUCUUGUACGGCUGAGGGAGACGAGUAUGAUGAGUUUUCAGCUUGGGAUACGUGGAACACAAUCAGGACAGUAUGCAAGUACAAUCCUCGACUGUCUUUAGGUCUGCACCUCUCGAAUUAAAUUGUUUGUCCUAAUUGCUCACCAACCGCGCGCACAGCACUUCAAAUUCCGGCAGAAUUGCCUACCCUCCAUGUGAUCAAUCGUUGGUUUGCCGAGCCUAUACGCGUCGUGCUGCUAUCUUCUUCAACCUUUAGUCCCAAUCCAACAGGAUACCCUGCUCUUUCUAAGCUUCACCAGGCUCUAUUAACAAAAUAUACCAAGCAGCGCCCAACACCCUUUAUUCUGCUAUCGGAUCAGCGGGUGGUCGUUAAUGAGAAGGUUCGGUAUGAGCCAACAUCAUAUUUGGUUUAUAUAAGGCAUCUGCAAAAGAACCAGCCUCCACAAUCGACAGUGGAGAGAUAUAGUUCCGGCUAUCAAGACUACCUCCAAACACCGCUGCAACCAUUAUCUGAUAAUCUCGAGAGCAUCACGUAUGAGGUGUUCGAGAAGGAUCCAGUCAAGUAUGAUCAAUACGAAAAGGCCAUUAAAUUGGCGCUUGAUGCAAGAGAUGCUGCAAGUAGCACGUUAGUCGCCCCUUCUCUCAUACUUUUGGCCGAUUGGUCAUUUCGCGCCUUUCAGCUGUUUAAUAUUCAGUAUGUGAUCAUACCAAUGCUCCUUGUGGUAAUGUCCGUGUCUCACUCGGCGGCUAUGCGGGCUAUCAUGGCUUCCGUCCCUUUGCAUAUCAAUCUGCCGAACGCUGGGGCUUCAAGGAUUGCUUGCAUUUUCUACGCUGUUUCCCUGAUCGCCUUGUUUUCGCUCCCCCCGUGGUCUAGAUGAAAGGCUAAAAUUUGUGCUUCUGUUUCUCCCUCCAUGCAGCGUGGUGGCAGUAGUUGGCGCGGGUCGUGGGCCCCUUGUGUCCCGGGCGCUGCGAGCCGCCCAGGCUUCUGGCAGGGCGAUCAUGCUCUUUGCUAUCGAGAAGAAUCCAAACGCCUACGUGCACCUGCUUCGGCACAACCGGGACACGUGGAAUGGGCAGGUUACAGUGAUUAAGAGUGAUAUGCGGUCGUGGAAUCCACCUUUUGCUGUAGAUAUCCUAGUAUCAGAGCUACUUGGGAGUUUUGGCGACAACGAACUAAGUCCCGAGUGUCUGGACGGGGUGCAGAGGGUAUUGAAUCGUGAGUCACAAUUCCUUAAAUUCCUUGUGCAUCCCACUUCCCACUUCCCUCGCAGUGCCCCCUAUAUUUAGCCCCUCAUUCUUCACCUCCGCAGUGGGGGCGAGUCCAGUAACAAAAAAGGCGGGUAUCCUCACCGAGAAGCGGUAGUUUUUUUUCUUUCUUUUUUCCAUUUUCCCCUUUCUGAUUAUUUCGAGUUUCCUGAUUAAUUUAAAUAAAAUUUUCCGCAAUUUUUUCUCUCGAACCGAUGUUACGCUGAAUGCCUCGCUUACGCCAUGACCAGCAUCCGGAGGAAUAUCAAUCCCUGUCUCAUAUUCAGCCCAUUUUACACCAAUCAUGGCACCCAAAAUCCAUGCUGACAUAUCCUCACGGAAGAAUGAUUCCGAAGCGGCCGAGACGCCAUACGUUGUCAUGCUACAAUCGUUUGAGAUGCUUGCUGAACAGAAGUACAUUCACCGGGCUUGGGAAUUCACACACCCUUUACCGCCCAACGUUCUUAGCGACUCUGCCGCCCUCGGUGGAGGUCUCAUUGGGCUCGGCGAUGGAGGAAAUGAUCAUAAUGCGAGGAAGUGCAAGGCCACGUUCAAAGUGCCCAGGAGGGGUGUUGUGCAUGGGCUUGCGGGGUACUUUGAGAGUGUGUUGUACGGCGAUGUGGAGCUCAGCACGAGACCGGACACAAUCGAUAUGAAGUCCAAGGAUAUGAUCAGUUGGUUCCCAAUCUUUUUCCCAUUAAAGGUACGUAGCCUUAUCUUCUCCGUGGGCUUUGCCCGCCAUCGUCUCAGGGGCAUAGGCAAAGUAUAUUGCUUUGCGUCCGAUAGCGUCUCCCCUCGGCCCGUGGAUAAGCGUUAAUAUGGGAUGAACUGAACUAGGCUCCGCUGCAUGUCCCAGACAAUUGCGAACUUGACGUAUGCAUAUGGCGACAGACCAGUGAACGCAAGGUGUGGUACGAAUGGGUUGUCGAAGCCUUCUUCCGCAAUGGGGGCCAGAGGUGCUGCCUUGGAGCUACUGACCUUCACUCCAGUAAACAGAAUGGCUGUCUGAUGUAGAUUAGUACCCGUACAGUGCUUUGCCCUAUCUCGGCUCCGCAUGUAUUUCUCCAUUUCCAUGACAAAUAUAAACCAAUGCACCAAUAUCGCUCCUCUGCCCUCUCGGUGAAUGAAAUGACGUCCAUGCGCGUGUGUAUUUUGACUACAUGCUAUAGCCGCCCAGUCCCGCACUGUACUGUAUCAGCGUCCCCAUUCGCAAUCCCUCCCUUUGCUCGCUCAAGCUGACUAAACUGAGGUGCC